AUGGGAGCAGAUCAUCCAGCAUUUACUUUAUCCGGUCUUUGUGCCAUUGGAGGCUUAAUGGGAUACUUUCGUAAAGGAUCGGUGCCAUCAUUGGUGGCAGGUUUGGGAGUAUCAACAUUAUACGGAGUUUCAGGCUAUUUAUUGAACAAAAACGCCAAUUACGGCCUUGAGUUGGCGUUGGGUACUAGCUCUGUGCUACUUGCUGCUGGUUUAUCAAGGGCUGCCUCCACCAGCUUCAGGAAGCCAAUUCCCCUUGCAUUGGUGCUUUUGGGUGGAUUAUCAACCGGUUACUAUUUGAAAAAAUACAACGAGUUUUAUCCAAUCUUUGGGUGA